AACGGUGUAGAAUGGAAAACACAGAACCCUUCGAAUAGGCAAGCAUACAUAGUGCUUAACAACGUUGCGCUAGAACUGAUAAACUUCUACUAUUUUUGCCAAAAUGAAAUAAGUUCUUAUGAUUGAGAGUUCUAUAAGAAUUUUGGCUUGAAUCUUGCGAGGGAUGAACGUAUUUUUAACAUCUGUGUGAACUGCUUCCUAUUUUAUGAAGAAGCUUUAUGACGCCAGUUCAAAUGGGAAACAUGGCGUGCACGAUGCGUGAGCGACAGACGGCACGAUAUGAAAAUUAUCGUUGAGAUUGGAGAAUUUUGCAACAGCAAGUCUCGAGGAAAGCAAGUUUUCAUUCAAGAAAUUAUUGCAUUUUCUUGCUAAAAAUUUUAAGAAAUAGGGUGUUUUGAACUGCUGUUAGAGUGACAACAAUUCCCAUAAUUCCUGCGAGGAAUGCUUGCGCGUGCGUCAUGUGGCCAAUUCAAGCAUCAUGGCGCUCGUUCAUGGAGAAGGUCAAGAUCGUUGGUAUUCGAAAGAAGAACUGCAAAGAACACCUUCUGUGCUGUCUGGAAUCGAUUCAGCUAAAGAGCUAAGCUACAGGCAGCAGUCUGCCAAUCUUAUACAAGAUAUGGGACAAAGAUUGGUUGUCUCUCAGCUUACCAUAAAUACGGCGAUCGUCUACAUGCACAGAUUCUACAUGUUUCACUCGUUUUCGGACAUGAAUCGCAAUGAUAUUGCUCCAUGUUGUUUGUUUCUGUCUGCAAAGCUUGAGGAACAACCAAGAAAGUUGGAACAUGUUAUCAAGGUUGCAAAUAUAUGUCUUCAGAAAAAUGACAAUUUGGACCAAAAAAGUGAGGCAUUCCAACAACAAUCUCAAGACCUUGUUAUCAAUGAAAGCAUAUUGCUUCAAACUUUAGGUUUUGAACUUACAGUUGAUCAUCCCCAUACACAUGUGGUCAAAAUUACACAGUUAGUUAGAGCAAGCAAGGAUCUUGCCCAAACGUCAUACUUUAUGGCCACAAACAGUCUUCAUCUUACUCCAUUUUGUAUCCAACAUAAACCUUCCGUCGUUGCCUGUGUUUGUAUUCAUUUGGCUUGUAAAUGGUCAAAUUGGGAGUUUCCCCGAUCCAGUGAUAACAAGGAUUGGUGGGAGUAUGUUGAUCCUAACGUAACUAAGGAAACUCUCGACACGAUAUGUCAGGAAUUUCUUACCAUUAUUGAAAACUGUCCCAGCCGAUUGAAAAGAAGAAUUAACAAUGUGACCAUUUACAAGGGCGGUCAUCGAACAAAACCUGGUGAAAAAAGUAGUGGUAAUUCUACUUCGACAAAUGGGGACGCCUCUAAAGUGAAGGGAAAAUCUCCCCAUAAAGAAGGGUCUUCCACUAAACGAGAGCAAUCGAGCAGUGAAAUAUCUAAAGUUGAACACGUGAUCACCACGGAAACACCCUCUAAUCCUUCCACCGAGCGACCAAAUGAUGUAAUAUCUAGUAAUAAUAAUAGCACGUCUACGGUACGAAUCACCGAAAAUGCUGCCGUAGUGGAAACACCAACUUCAACUGUAAUGUUACCUGCACUCCAACCUCUCACUACGAAGUAUGCCAAUAUGCCUGGUUUGUCAUCCAAUUCUACUGAGCACCAAUCUAAGAGUUCGAAUGUUCAUCAAAAGGGUCCUAGUGUCAAUAAAAAUAAAACAAUUCCAGGAGUAAAGCAUAAACAUCGUGAACAUGACGAGUCUGACUCUCCUGCAAAGAAAUUGAAAACGAUCUCUUCCAUUUCGUCUCACAGUUCACAAGCCAAACAUUUGCAACGUCCGUCUUCUCAAUCAAAACAUAGUUUUCACCAUACGUCAUCAAAGCCAAGCUCCCACGCCAUGUCGAGCUUGCAUCACAAGGCUCACUUAAAGAGUGGGAGCUCGGGCCAACAUCACAACAAUUUUUCACCUAAAGUUAUAAAUAAAAAUGCUUCACAUGCUCAACACAGUGGCUCACCAAAGUUGCCUGUCCGCAGUAGCUCAAGUCAAGGAAGUUCCGCUGUUCAUCACAGUUCAAGCAAACGUCAAAACCAUUCUGGUGUUCCUCAAAGUAGUCACUUACAUCAUCGCUCAAAUGGUAAUAGAGCUCUAAUGCCAUCGUCAAAUAAACAUUCAGGCUCUCCUGGGCUAGUUAAAAAGCUCAGUGAGGAUCGUCAUAAGAGGCCUCCAUCCGCUUCUUCAAGACCUAAACCAGAAAUAACAGGAUUUGGAACGUCAUCUGGUUUUCGUUCUAGUGAAAUGGACAAAGGAAAGAAAUAUUCUGGCGAAGAAUUUUUUUCUCCACCUGGGCCACAACGUAUGCCAUCAUUACCAACUAUGCCACCGAUGAACUUUGAAAAGCUAAGAUCAAACAACGCACCACCUUUACCCAGCACUGAUCAAACUAACCCACCUCCUCCACCUUUACCAUCAAACCAUCCUCCAUCACCACCACCACCUCCCACGUGAUUGCUAAAGUUACUUUAUUUUCAAAAUCUGUUAGCAGUAAUUCGUGUGCGGAAUUAGAAAUAUGAGAUGUAAGUUUCUGUGGUCUGUUGUUCAAUGAACUUGAAUUGAACAUUUUUACAGGGAAAAUUAUAACUUACACCUGGGUGUCUAGGAACUUUGUUUUGAACAACUGGCCUUUUAGACGUGUUGUGUCAUUCUAAGUAGAACGAUGAAGCUACGGUAAAUAUAUAUGACCCUGUUUCACAAAAGUAGGUCACUCCACAGUGGAGGUAGAGGGCUCCGAUCACCUCAUUUGCGAGAGGUAAUACAUUAUCACUAAACUUGACUGUGGUCGAAGUAAGUAAAACGAGCCAAUUCAUGCGCAAUUAGAAGCUUAUUUACAAUAGUAACACAAAAACCUUGGGUUAAAUAACCCUUGAUAAUUUAAUUGCUUCAAUUCAUUACGAUGUCCCACUACAGGCCUUGUGAUACGGGGCCAUAACUGAAGUAGUUUUGUCUCUCUUUUAAUGCAUUAUGGAAAGAGCAAAAGAAUGCCUAGCGUUACCGCCGUUCUUUACAUAAGCAAUUGCUGCAGUACACAAUACAUUUUGUGUCUUUGUGUCGGCCUGUGUUAAAUUACUACGAUUUGUUGUGGUAACGUUAAGUGAAGACAUUGUCUCGUAAAGAUAAAGUAUUUGGAAGUAAAACGCAAUUCAGCAUUUGCAACAGAAAUUUGCCAUUUAUAGUACAAGGGCAUGUUGUCGUUAGAUGACGAAUUAAUAAACGGUAGAUAAAUUGUUUUCAAGUCGAUGCGAUGAUCACACAAGAGGUUAAUGAUAAUUCCAAUAUUGUUGUAAUCGAUUGCUGCAAUAAAAUGCUAUUAUCUCCAAAA